AUGGCCACCAACGCAAAGGUCAUCGAUGGGACCGCCAUCGCAAAAUCCAUCCGCGACGAGGUCGCGGGCAGGAUCAAGACCCUGCAGUCCCAGUAUCCCCGCUUCAAGCCGCAGCUCGCUAUCAUACAGGCCGGCGCGCGUCCGGACUCGUCUGUGUACGUGCGCAUGAAGGCGAAGGCCGCGGAGGAGGUCGGCAUCCACUUCAAGCACGUCCAGGUCCCGGAGGAGGCGGAGGUGUCCGACAUCGUCGACAUCGUCCAGAAGCUCAACGACGACGAGACCAUCAGCGGCAUCCUCGUACAGCUUCCGCUUGGCUCCCAUGUGGGCGCGGACGGCGAGCGGACCGUCACUGAGGCCGUGAGCCCCGAGAAGGACGUCGAUGGGUUCCAUGCAUACAAUAUCGGCCAUCUUUCCUCGCGUGCUUCGGAUCCUCUCUUCGCCCCAUGCACGCCCACUGGUGUUAUUCGUCUUUUGGAUUCCACCGGAGUCUCGAUCGCUGGUUCUCGCGCCGUGGUCCUCGGCCGGAGCGACAUCGUUGGCAGCCCGGUCGCUGCCAUGCUCAGGCACCGCGACGCUACCGUGACCCAAUGCCACAGUCGGACACAGAACCUACCUGAGAUUGUCAAACAAGCUGAUAUCGUUGUGUCUGCCAUUGGCAAGCCGCAGUUCGUCCACGGUUCAUGGCUGAAGUCGGGCGCCGUCGUCAUCGACGUUGGCACGAACUACAUCCCAGACGCCACGAAGAAAUCAGGCCAACGCCUCGUCGGCGAUGUAGACUACGAGUCUGCGGCCGCUGUGGCGUCCCACAUCACGCCCGUCCCCGGAGGCGUCGGUCCCAUGACCGUCGCAGUGCUUAUGUCGAACACGCUCAGGGCGGCAGAACGCCUGUGGGAGCAGCAGCGCAAUCUACGCGUGAAACCUCUCAAGCUCAACAUCCUUGAGAAGGUUCCCAGUGACAUCGAGAUCUCCGAAGCCCAGACGCCCAAGCCUGUCGCGACGCUCGCGCACGAGAUCGGUAUCCGUGCCAAUGAGCUCGAGAGCUAUGGAAAGUACAAGGCCAAGGUCGAGCUGAGCAUCCUCGACCGUCUGGCGCAUCGCAAGGACGGCAAGUACAUCGUCAUUUCUGGAAUCACGCCCACCCCUCUUGGUGAGGGCAAGUCGACAACAACGAUUGGCCUUGCGCAGGCUCUCGGUGCGCACUUGGGCCGUCCUGCAUUUGCGUGUGUUCGUCAGCCCAGUCAAGGACCCACCUUCGGUAUAAAGGGCGGUGCCGCCGGUGGAGGCUACAGUCAGGUCAUCCCGAUGGACGAGUUCAACCUGCAUCUCACUGGUGAUAUCCACGCCGUGACUGCAGCAAACAACCUUCUCGCGGCUGCGCUGGACGCGCGUAUGUUCCAUGAAGCUACCCAGUCAGACAAGGCCUUGUAUAGCCGUCUCGUCCCCGCGAAGAAGGGCAAGCGCGAGUUCGCCCCUCUGAUGCUCAAGCGCCUCAAGAAGCUCGCCAUCGACAAGACCAAACCCGACGACCUCACUCCCGAGGAGAUCAACCGCUUCGCCCGUCUAGACGUCGACCCCGAAACGAUCACUUGGAACCGCGUCGUCGACGUGAACGACCGCCACCUCCGUAAGAUCACCAUCGGCCAGAACCCCACGGAGCAGGGCCACUCGCGUGUCACCGGCUUCGACAUCUCCGUCGCGUCCGAGUGCAUGGCCGUCCUCGCGCUCACGACAGACCUGGCGGACAUGCGCGAGCGUCUGGGCGCGAUGGUCGUUGCGACGAGCAAACGCGGCGAGCCCAUCACUGCGGACGACCUCGGUGUUGGAGGCGCGCUCGCUGUUCUCAUGAAGGACGCGAUCAAGCCUAACCUCAUGCAGACGCUGGAGGGCACCCCUGUCUUUGUCCACGCCGGCCCCUUCGCGAACAUCGCACACGGCAACUCGUCUAUUCUUGCCGAUCGCGUCGCGCUCAAGCUUGCGGGUACGGAGGAGGGCGACUCCUCCGACCGCGUCGGCUACGUCCUCACGGAGGGUGGCUUCGGGGCGGACAUGGGCAUGGAGAAGUUCUGCAACAUUAAGUGCCGUGUGAGCGGCCUCAAGCCCGACGCCACCAUCAUCGUCGCGACGACUCGCGCGCUGAAGAUGCACGGGGGAGGUCCCGACGUCACCCCCGGCAAGCCCCUUUCCGACACGUACACCAAGGAAGACCUUGUUACGCUCAAGGAGGGCACCAAGAACCUCGCGAAGCACAUUCAGAACGCGCGCAAAUUUGGCCUGAAGGUCAUCGUCGCUAUCAACCAGUUCGCCUCUGAUACCCCGGCCGAGCUUGAGCUUGUCAGGCAGGAGUCGUUGGCCGCAGGCGCCGAUGCCGCUGUGGUUAGCAACCACUGGGCCAAGGGUGGUGCCGGCGCGCGCGAUCUCGCGGAGGCUGUCAUCGCGACCUGCGAGGGCGAAUCUAACUUCAGGUUCCUCUAUGACCUCGACCUCCCCAUCGAGAAGAAGAUUGAAAUCAUCUCGAAGGAAAUCUAUGGUGCCGACGGCAUCGAGCUCAGCGAGCUCGCCCAGAAGCAGGUCGAGACUUACACCCGUCAGGGCUACGGCAACCUUCCCAUCUGCAUGGCAAAGACUCAGUACUCGUUCUCGCACGACCCGAAGCUCAAGGGCGUCCCGACGGGCUUCACGAUCCCGAUCCGCGCCGUCCGCCUCUCCGCCGGCGCAGGCUUCCUCUACCCCAUCCUCGGCGAUAUGCAGACCAUGCCCGGUCUUGGCACACGGCCGGGCUUCUGGGAGGUCGGACUUGACCCUGAGACGGGCCGUGUCGUCGGCCUCUUCUAA